GGACUCCUGAACGCUCCGGCGAACGUGCAUCCAACACCAAUAACCAAAACACGUCGUUUGUAAAGAGCGUGUUUGUGUGUUAGUGACGAUGGACUUGAGUCGUUUGACGUUUGGAAGUAAUUCACAGAGUUUCGACGAGAGUGCGUACCAGUGUGGAAUAAACUUGUGACCUCGGCAGAUGUUUUUUGACUAUGUUAUAUUCCACAUUCUGCUAUGAUCGUUAGGUUCAUUCUGGUUCAGUGAUAGUGUCAUUCAUAAUCUCGUGUAUCUCGGAUUGUGUGUAUCUUUUUACUAUUCCGUUUUACGACAAAACAAAACAGUGGAGCGAAGUGGCGUGCAAGCUAAAGAAUUUCUUUGGCUAACAUCAAGAUGGAUCAUACUGUUCGGCGUAGCAUACUUAGACGUCCAGAUGAUACCUUCGAAUCUACAGAAUCAUCAUACCAAGAUUAUAGCGUAAACGCCUUCGGCCUCACUGAAGGCGAUGGCUGCUGCCGGUUGUGCUGCAGUGAUGAUUGCCGUCUACGGGAGCUAUUCCCCGGUGGAUAUCGAGAGGAGGUUCUUCUUCGUAAGAUAUUCGACUGCACGACGGUUCAGAUAUCGCAAAGCGAGGAUUCCGAUGCUCUGAUUUGUUUUGCCUGUGUGGGAAAAGUUGAAGAUUUUUUCCAAUACCGGGAGCAGUGCCGCACCAAUGACGUGUUGCAGCGGAAAUGGAGGCGCCGGCUCGGCCGAACUGGUGCAACUGGAUCGACAUUGCUUCCUGCGGUAUCAAUCAAAAGAGAAGUGGAAGAACCAGAGAAAGAAUAUUUUCGACCCUCAGAACUAGUGCCAUUGGAUGCACAACCUUCACACACAUCCCUGGAUUCGUCAACGACUGCUGUUCCUAGCGGGUCAAAUCGAGCAGCCGAUUCUGUUGGCCUGCAUGCGCACUCCGCAAUGCAUAUAGACCGUUCUGAGCAAGAAGACCAUAAUUUGCUCGAGCUCAUGCCACCGGACGAAUCGUAUGACGGUAACGGUUUGAGAAAUACCACAAAAUACGAAAACCGAAGCGAUGAAGAUGAUAAUGAUGUCGAGGCACAACUCCCUAUAAAGCAGGAACCCGAGGAUAUUGACGAUGAUUUCUCUUGGACAAAUAUGGAAGAUGCCGAUGACGACAACUACGAUGGUGAUGCUUGUGAUGGGAACCGGUCUGGCUUAAUACCAGUUAUCGAAGAUCCUUCACUUAUGACCGCUAAGAUGUCCAAGUUAGAGUCGGAGCGGAUGUCCCAGAGCAACGAAGAAUUCAAAUCACCUUUCAAAGAUAACUCCAUAAGUCAGCGGGUAAUGCCUGGAAGUCUUCCAACCGAUAACACACAAGAGCACACUAUGAAGGAGCAGAAUGAUGAGAAGAAGCCCAUCCUGCACUGUGGAAUGGAUUACAAGAUGGUUAAAAAUGCAAACAAUCGUAUGAGAUUGGCCGCCGAUGGUCAUUUGUUUGUGCGCGAAGGUACACGCCAGGAUGGGACAACACUAUGGCGCUGCCGAAAAAAUUACGACAAAUGUACUGCGACUGCCUAUCAGUAUCCAGACGGCCAGGUCGAUGUGCACGGAGUACACGACCAUCAGGAACGAGUGCGAUCGAAUCGUUUGAUCAGCACGAUGGGAACCUUUGCCUAUAAGUUUGCACCGUCGAUAAAAGGCCACAACAUACUCAUCUUUGGUGGGUGCCGCUACUCUAAGCUUUACGCUCGAGCCGAUGGCACGACGUUGUGGCGCUGCAACCAUGCUCCAUGCAAGAUGAAAGUAUCCCUUGAAGCGGAUGGGAAGGUGUAUGUUACGACUAUGGAUGGACAUACACACGAAAAGACUGAGCCACCAGUAACACCAGAGGACGUCGCACGUAAUCGAUGGGAGAGUGAAAAUGGUAUUAGGCCAGCCAAUAGCAUCGAAUCGGUCAGAGAGGAAGAUCUAGAGGAAGCUCUACCGGAAGAAGCUGCUCGAUCGCCCUACAAAGCACAAAAUUGUGCCCCGCCAGUUAGUACGCUCGUUAAACCCAUAUCGAAAAGCAUUCCACUAAAGAGGAAAAAGGCGUUGAACUUUCGCAUUGUGAAGAACAAGAAAGGAUUCCAGGCGCUGGUUUACAAUGGUUACCGAUAUUGUAAAGCUCGCGUGCUGCAAGACGGAACCGUCAAGUGGCUCUGCAAGAUGAAUCGUAAAACCUGUAAUGCUGGAGUGUAUCAGUAUCGUGACGGAACCAUCAAGUGGUUAAACAACGUGCGUCAUAAUCAUGGGCCUUCCCACAUAGACGAGCCACAAAAUCAGCAACAGCAAGAACAUCGGGUGCAUCUUCAUGAGCAUCAGCAACAGCAGCAGCAGCAGCAACAGCAGCAGCAGCAGCAGCAGCAGCAGCAGCAGCAGCAGCAGCAGCAGCAGCAACAGCAGCAGCAGCAUGGUGUGCCAUUGAAACAACCGUUCGCUCGUUCACAAUAUCACAUCAACAAUGAAACAUUCGUAAGCAGCGAGUGGUAUUACGUACGCAACAAGAAAAACGGUACGACGCUCAUCCACGCAGGCUAUCGGUACAACAAGAAAGGCGCGCGUUCUGACAUGUCAUCUCUGUGGCGUUGUUCUCGUUCCCAAUUUGGGUGCCGUGCGGCGAUAGUGAUGUACCCGAAUGAAACGAUCGAAAAAUUCGAGGACGAUGUCGAUCACAACCAUCCUGCGCGGGGUCCGCAUGCGUCGGAUCAAGCGAUCGAUGGUAGUGAGGUAGAUGUGAGCAUUGAGGCAGCGCCUCACAGCACUAGCAGUGACAAAGUUGCUUCGAAAGCUGUGACAGCGGAGCAGCAAACCACGAUACAAAGUGGUGGAUUCUUGAAGGAGCUGGACGAUCCCGAAGCCAAUAUGCGCUCGCUGCUCAACUUGACGCUGGAUGUUUCACAGGAUGCCCAAUCCGGGAUUGCCGAGCACAAAACAGUCCUAUCACGGGCUGAAGCCGGCUACCGUUACGUGCAAAAUCGCCACUUGAAACGAAGUUUGCUGUUUCGGGGCUAUCGGUACUGUAAACACAACCAGCGCACCGAUGGGUCCAUUCAGUGGAUGUGCAUGAGGAACAGAAAAACCUGCAGAGCAAACGUUAGGACGCUGGCUGAUGGACGACUGGUAUUGCUUAACACCAAGCAUAAUCAUAGCAGGCUAGAAGAAGAUGAAAACAUCCCCGAAAUUGAUGAGGAGGAGAAGCCCAACAUGGACAAUAUAUCUGAAAAUAAUAACAAAAUGGAGGAUGACCAGGAUGAUGGUAGUAGUAUGUCGACGCCCGAAAUAACUGACGAAAAACUAUGUGUCACCAACGAUUCCAACCGGAACAUAUCUGACCAAAGGCAAAACCCGCACGGUUAUUACUAUGCCAUCAAUCGUAGCAACCGUGAGUGUUUGAUCUUCCAGCAGUGCCGAUAUAGUAGAACAAAUACACGCACCGAUGGUUCGGUGAUGUGGAAGUGUCUAAUGUCUGGAGGAACGUGUCCGGCUAGUGCCAUUGUCAUGGCGGAUGGAAGUUGCCAGCCUUUUCGCGAUUAUGAACACAAUCAUCCUCCGCUGUCUGUGUUACCACCCGCCGUACGGUAUCCCGAAGUUGACCCAUCCUCUUCACCGUCGAAAGUAAAUGCAUCUCCAAAGGCCGCCGUUAGGGACAACGAAUUGUCGUACAAACAGCAUACCUUUAAGAAAACGAUAGUACGUCCCGACGGUAUCGCUCAGUUUGAGUGCGUCGAUGCGAAGCACUGUCCGGCAAUAGUUAAGGUCAAGCUGCCACCGAAAGAUGGCAACUCAAAGGUACUUUACGAAACACCUCAUAAUCAUGGAGCCGAUGGAGAGGCUGCUGUUGCCUCCCUCGCCACGACCAGUUUUCCUGCGCGACGUAACUCAUUCCCCGGGCAUGAUGGUACGUUUCAGCUGUACAAAACACAGCGCGGCCAGCUAACGCUUAUACACGACAAUUUCCGGUAUUCGCUGCGAUCCCGAGCUGUCGAUGGUACGACGCUGUGGAAGUGUCGUUCGAACAAGCACUGCGCGGCAAAGUUCCGCAUCAGCAAAACGGGAGGCGUGUUUCAGGAGGACCUUACAACUCUAAAACACAACCAUCGGGAAAAUGGACAGUCGAUGGAUUGGGCCGAACCGAUCCGAGUGACCGACGGGGAAAACUUUUCCAGUUUUGACGAACUGGUUCAGCAGUGUUUCCCUAAACAGUCAGCAGUGCCACUGCUGUCGAUCAAACGCAAGCAUCAAUACCAACCUACCAAGACGAUCAAGUACGCUGGCCACCUGUACACGUUACGGACGGUCAAACCGGGUGGCCGUGAGUGUUGGCGAUGUACGAUGUUCGCUUCAAAAGCCUGCCGUGCGGCCCUAUUUUGUCGCAACAAUGGUAAAAUCGUGGAACACAACAACGGAAUGGUGCACACGCACAAACCGAUCGCAUAUAGUCGCGGUACGGCAACAACAUCCAUUCCCAAGGUGGGUGCUGCUACAACGAGUUCCACGAGUACCGCGAUUGUUCCGUAUCGCCCCACUGCUAUCACAACGGGUGCCGGAGGAAUCCCUGAUGAGGACGGAAAUGUUGAUUUUCUGUUCGGAGGGCGUACCGGCAAAACGCUGCACCAUCGGGGCUAUCGGUACUGCUGGAACUAUCAGAAUCGUAAUGGUAUUACCUUCUUUAAAUGCGUCCGUAGCAAUCCCGACCAGUGCAGUGUGACCAUCAAGAUGUUGGACGCUCAAAACCGGAUCUAUCCGCAUUCAGGAACUGCACAUAGUCACCCCCCGGAUCCCCCAUCAGUCACUCCGGCACAAGAUGAGUUAGUAUCGACGCCACAGAAGAAGCAGCUGUCACCAGUUAAGUCACCAGUCAAGUCACCAGUCAAGUCACCAGCUAAGUCACCGGCUAAGACACCGGUGAAGACGAAACGGAACGUCAAUUUGAUCGAAGAUGCGGGUCCCGGUUUGCGAGAUUAUCGUUUUGAGCGUACAACCCGGGGAGCGUCACUGUGGCAUCGAGGUUAUCAGUUUUGGCUCCACAACAAGCUCGCGUGCGGUUUGCAGGUGUACCGGUGUCGGAUGCAAAAACUCAAGUGCUGGGCCGCCGGGUACUUUGACCCGAAAACGGAGCUGUUUCAUCUCCGCUUGGGCGUAGCGCAUAACCACAAGAUUCAGGUGUCGGAAGUUGGUGUUGAUAACCACCAGAAACCCCUGCAAGAAGGGAAGACCCCAUUGGAGGUGUUAGCGCCAAAGAUCGAGCCAAAAUCCAAGCUCGACGAAACGGGGCUGGAAACCAAUGACUACCGGUUCGUAAGGGCGCGCAAGGACGGAAAAAUGUUGUUGCACUAUCGUGACUCGGUGUACUUCUUCGCGGGAAAGAAGAAAAACUGGGACGGCGAAGAAUGCAAUCGAUACCACUGCUCACAUCCAGAUUGUCUCGCCGCACUAGAGCUACUGCCGUCCGGUAUGGUGCGGGUACUGUACUCGGAGCACAAGCGCCAUCCGGCCGCCGAUUUGGAGAGUCUCGGCAUGGAAGAUAUUGGUCACGGAUCGAAAGACUAUGAACUGCUUACGACGAGCACGGGCGCGCAGGCGCUCGCAUUCCGUGGCUACCGCUACUACGGCAACAAUUUGACCAGAUGUCGCGAGGAUGGCUCGUCCCGGUGGUACUGCCAGUCAACGGUGUCGAACGAGAAGGUGGACAAAAGAACGAUCCGCAAAAGGUGCUUUAUACCGCUCAUAAUGCUUCCGAAUGGGUGCGUCACUAGCACCGGCAUUCAUCAGCAUCCGCGGUAUCGGGCGGUGGAUGAUCAACCUCAAACGUCCUCCUCGCUGAAGGUCGAUGGGAACCGGUUUGUGUUUAAAAACCGGCUCACCAAUGACUCCAUUGUGUUCGCUUGUGCAGAAGAUCCUUCCUGCCCUGCGUUGGUGGUCCGGCAGACGGAUGGGAAAGUGCAAACUACCACCACACCACACAGCCACCCAAGCGGCACCAGUAAACGAAACGAGACAUCACCUGGCACUUCGCAGAUAAAAAUACUGAACGGAACUACACUACCACCCGAGGCGCCCGGUUCCCUGCGGUUGCGAAUAUUCAAGGGAACCACCACCGUCGUAGCGAAGACGCCCCAGACCAAUGCGUCCGGCACGAGUGAAACACCGCCUGAUCCGUUGCGGCUAAGGAUAUUGAACGGAAGCAUUGCUGCGCCGGCGACGACGAAACCACUGAUACCACCACCUAUUCCGCCUCCUCCCGCCCGUAUUUCACAACGCAUUGUAGGAUCCAUUGCACCGGUGUCAUGCCUGCCGUCGAUUACGGUGGAAGAGUUUGAGCGCACCUACUGCCGACGGUCGUUCUGGUACGGUGGCAAUCGGUACUACUUUUUCCAAACGCGCAGUGACGGCGUGCAGCACUGGCGGUGCAGUGCGCGCACGAACGACUGCAAGUGUCGUGCCGGUUUGCUCCGGAUGACGGGGGGAACGAUCGUACCGUACAAUAACGAACCGCACGCACAUCCCGAUCAAUCGCCGGGAAAAACGGAUCCUACCAUACCAGUACAACCGGGGCUCAAGGUUUCGAUUCUCCCGGUCGUCGCCCCGAGCGACAUUAGAAACAGCGGCACCCUCAAACGUGAAGCUAGAUCAUCGCCUGGCGAGUUGCAGAAAAAGGAACAGAGAGAAUUGGAGCAGCAGCAGAAGUUCGAUCUGAAGCAGAAAGUGCCGGAUAGCGUAGGCAAAAAGUACUUCAAGCAUAAAGGGCUUGUGUACAAUUUUUACAAGAUGGAAAAAGACGGUGGUCGGAUCUACUCGUGCCCAAAUAAAGCGUGCGACUAUAGAAUGCUCCUUUCACCCACCGGGAGACUGUUCGCAACGGUUUCUGGAAAGCACGUCUGCGAGGAAAUUAUUGCUAAAGUCAGCGACUCCGCAUUAAUGGCGCUGCCUGCUGCAACCACGUCGGCGUCCUCGGAAAGAAAAAUACAGGAACUUCCCAGUACACCAUCCCAGGAACUUGCAGUACAACUAGAGAGUAAUGAUUGUAAAAAGCUCGAGAAAAGAGAGAUCGACGAUCCGACGGACUAUUUGCUAGCAAACGACAAAGGACUACGCGACGAUAAUAGUGAGAGUCUCAUGCCCGAACCAAAACGGAUUCGAUUGGUAAUGCCCACCCCUCCACCGCCGCCUCCGACGGUACCGGUAGUGGCAGAACGAAUCGAGCAGAACGCCGAUGCCCCUGCUGAUGUAAGUCACGGCGGUGAUGAUAAAGAAGCAUCCGUGGAGGAAAACGACCCCUCCACCACGGAAUGGCUUGAUGUGGAACAGGAAGAAAUCGUCGAUACCUCGAACGACGACAACGGGGGAGAUGAUCAGCACCACCACCGCGCGUCAGACAACAAUUCGCCUGUGACAGCAAUUGACAACGCACAGGAUGAAGUGAAAGUGGAAGGCACCGGGGAAGAAACAACACAGGAAAAGCCGUUGAUGACCAGCGGUCGGGGAGAAACGCUUACCAUUGCUACCGAGCAACAGCAGGACGAGGAGAUCAAUCAUCCAACAACUCCAAUCGACGCGAAUAAUGAAGACGAGUCAAACGACGAAUUGGAGUCCGUUUCUCAAGGCAGCACCAAAGAGCUGGUUGUAUCGGCUGAACCGCACGAGAGCUAUGCACGCAAAGAAUCGGAGAAUAACGUCCCGGCCGACGGAACGCCUUCCCGCAAACAGGGUCAGGACGACGGCGAUCAGUAGAAAGUAUCCCUGGGUCACGCUUUUGUGUUUUAAACAGUGUUCAUUUAUGGCCGUAUAACGACACGACGUUCCUUUUCGCACGGGAGCAAUUAAAAAUAGUGGACCAUUUUUUUUCUCUAAUUUAGUUGUUAGGCAAAAGGACUUUGGUUUUUUGUUCUAACAGCCAAUUUAAUUUAAGCGUAAUCUGAUAACGAUGGAAUGGAAUUGUAAUUUAAUUUCAAUUAAAAUGUUAAGCGUAUAUAUAUAUAUUAAUUUGUUCAUAAGUAUUUUGUUACAAGAGAUAACGAAAGGGAAAAGAAGAGACAAGCUUUUUUUUAUUCAUUAAUAAUAAACCAAUGGACGGAGCUUGAUAUAAACAA